AUGAAUCAAAUCGUUGAAGAGAUUACUUUAGUACCUGUUACAAUUCAAACUGAAAAUAAUGAAGAAGUUUUAACAACAAAUAUAAAAGUUCAUCGAAAAUCAAAUUAUUACUACUUCAGUUCGAAAAAGUAUCUCAAACAAUUUAUUCUAUGGAUUCUAAUGUUUAUCUGUUUAUUACUCAUUGCUGGUCCACUUGCAUAUUAUAUAUCUUAUGCAGUACCUACAGUCAAAACACGAAAUAUUUCUCGUGACAUAUUUAGUGAACAACGUGCUCUCGAUUAUUUAUAUAAUUUAACACAAUAUGGAUCGAGAGUUCGAAAUACACGUGGAAAUUUUCAAGCACGAGAUUAUCUUCUCUCACAAAUUCAUCGUAUCUCCUCAACAAACAAACGACAUCUUCGAUUUCAAAUUGAACUUCAAAAUUUUACUGAUUUAAAACAAAAUCUAUUACAAAAUAUUCUUGUUCGUGUAUCAAAUACAACUCGAACAUUGAAAAAUAAACCUAGUUUAAUGUUAAGUGCUCAUUACGAUUCAGUGGAAUUUAGUUCUGGAGCUUGUGAUGAUGGUUCAGGUGUUGUCAUUUUACUUGAACUAUUCUCAAAUUUAGUUCAUGAUAUCACAUUAUCUUUUUCCAAUAUGGAUUUAAUUGUAUUAUUUACCAAUGCUGAAGAGUCUGGUUUAGAAGGUGCUAAAGCAUUUAUAACUGAACAUCGUUGGCAAUCGGAUAUUCAUUAUUUUAUCAAUGUUGAUUCUAUGAGCUGUAAUGAAGUAGCUAGUUUAAUGAAAAUAACUCAAUCUCAGCUUGUGAUUGAUUAUAGUCGAGUGAAAAGACCACGUGCUAAUGUUAUCAAUGAAUAUAUUUCAAAAUUACCUUUAUGGGGCAGUGAUUAUAGUAUAUUACGUUUAAAUAAUACUCGAUUAGGAUACGAUAUUGGUUUUUUCCUGGAUGGAUAUACAUAUCACACUCCACUUGAUCAUUCAACAAGAGUAAAAGAAGGUAUUAUUCAAGAUUUAGGAGAAAACCUUGGUAUUUUAAUUCGAAAUCUAUUUCGAAAAGUUGUUUCAAUACCAGAAAAUAUCACUGAUACUGAUCCAUUGAUUUAUUUUGAUAUUCUUAGUCUAUACUUAGUAAUAUAUAAACAAUCAACAUCGAUAUUAAUUCAACAUAUUUUAAUUAUCUCGACUGUUAUCGUUGGUAUAAUCUUAGUUGGUUUUGACCAUAUAUGGCAUCGAAAAAAUAGACUUCAGUCAUGUAAUGAUCAUCGUUGUAUUUAUUUUUAUUUUCAAAAUUCAUUUACUAUUCGUAUAAUUUCUAUUAUUAUCUAUUUUAUCUCGAAUAUUAUCUCAAUCAUUUGUGGUUUUCUAAUUUCAAUCAUGUUCUCAUGGCUUAUGUCAAACAUACGAUCUCUUGCAUGGAAUGGCAAUGCAACAUUAGCAAUGUUUCUUUAUAGUUUACCAUAUCUCAUUAGUUUUCUUAUCGUUGGAUAUCUAUGCAAUCGAUAUCAUUAUUCUAUUCUUCGAAAAUCACCAAAAAACGUCUCAGAAGUCAAUGAGAACCGUUUGAAAAAUGUUCAUUUUAAUUUCGAACAAAAUUUCUCCAUUUUAUUAUUCUAUUGUUUAUUAAUGAUGACUUCCAUUCUUUCUAAUCAGCGAACAUUCUAUCUAAUUCUUAUUUGGUCGAUCUUUAUUUGCCCAAUUUAUCUUUGUGUAAUGAUUAUUGAAUUUAUUUUUCAUUGGAAACAAAUACAUUGGACAUUAUUAAAAGAGAAAUCUUAUUGGUUAUAUUUACCAUUGAUUAUUUCAUUUUUACCAUUAACACAUACAAUUGGAAUAAGCAGUUAUUCACUACGUCUUCUUAUUCCUUUAGCCGUCAAAGUCUUUUCUUUUAGACAUUUAUUCGGUGUUAAUAUUGUUAUCAGUGGUAUUGUCUUUAUUCCGACAUUAUUCAUUGCAUUGAAUCUUAGUUCAAUAGUACAACGAAUAAGAUAUUUUAUUUGGAUAUUGAUCGUUGUUUUAAUUACUUUUCUAAUUGUUUUUAUUAUUGCUAUUGCUCGUCAACCAUUUGAUAAAAAUCAUCCACAUGCGUUUUAUGUUAAUCAUACAUCAACAUCGAUCUAUCGAGUAGAAGAGCUAAAGAAUGUUCCAAUGAUUAUUCCAUUUGCAUCACAAUCAGCAUCAAUUACAGUUCUAAACUAUGAUGGUCGUCCUUUAUCACCUUUGCUCGAUCAAUUCUUCACUGAAAAUAAUUACAAAUUACAAAAUAAACGCUGUCGGUAUCCAAUCGAUUGUACAUUCGAUGAUACAUUCAAUCGUAAAAUGUCGAUAAAACAGAUUAGAAUUGAAUCUAUAGAUAAGAGUCUGAUGAAAUAUACCGUUGUUAUUCAACAUGUUUUAUCUUAUAAUAUUUAUAUUUCAUCAACAUCAGAUACGCAACUAACUAUUUGGAAUCAAUUUAAUCUUCCAAGAACAGAAACAAUCAUUGAUGUUACAUUGGAUUCUCCUUGGAUACCAUUAAUUCAACUUGAUAUCAACAUUCAACGAUGCGAUAUAUCUGAUUCACCUUUUUUAUUAUCGUUUACUCAAUUUAUGUCGGAUAGUGUUCUUAUGGGUGAAGGAAAUUGUUCUUCGAUUGAUGAUAAUGCAAUACUUACAAUCAAUCGAACCUAA